CCCAAGCCGCGGCAAACGGCGGUGCCCCCUGCGAGGCCGCAGACGGAGCUGAGAGCAGUUUGAAGUAUCAAAUGCAAAAAUGUCUGGGUCUGGAAGAAUGCAAGUUUGUCAUGCUUGUCUGGCAUGACUCGAGAAUCUGUGUUGCAUAGGCGCGAUACGGCCCUCUUACCUGUCAUGCAAAAACGCAGUUUGCCAUGCGGAAUACGUAAGACAUGGCACCCAAAAAAUUUGCCAUGCAUAGCUGCGUAUUGUAGUGCGUCUCUCAUUCACUUUUGGCAUUACACCCAGACAUGUUUGCAAUCCAUAUUGAGUGUCCUUGUGAUAAAGCCGGAUACCAUGAUAUGCAAGAAAAAAACUGUGUAACUCUGUAAUGCAGACGCAGAGCAUGCAACAGAGUUACACCUGUCAUGCCAGACAAGCGUGAAGUCCUCUUUUCAUGUGUGUUUUCCCUCACAUGUAGAGCCACGCAUGACAGGUUUUCUCUGUCAUGUAGAGCAAACUUGUGAUGCUGUCAGCCAAAGAAAGUUACACGAGCACAAUUUUUGUCUUGGAUACACGAGGACACCGCUGCAGGCACUUGCACGCAGAAUGUCUGCACUAUGGAAGCGUCAGGUGCGGAAUCGACAAAGUUGCAGCAUUUUUUUGUCACGCAUAAAGACGAUGAUGCCACCAGUUUGGCCCCCAAUUUCUAAGCGGCGCAUCACAAAUGUUGGCAACACCUAAAUGUAGUUUGCCGCGCUGUUUGGUGGGCAAAGAAGACUGUCUCUGUCAUGCUACUUGAGCAGCUCUAGUAUCUCUAGCCCCAAACAGUCCUCUUUACGCAUUACGACUUACUGCUCUGUCGAUUUGUUCAAACCUGACACCCUCAUAUUGAAAUGUGAGCACGGCGAGGAGGCGACUGGCACCGCUUGCACCUCGCGUGAUGCGG